ACGGGCCAAGUUUCUUUUUUUUUUGGGGGGGGGGGUCUGGUUAAGGGAUGUUUCUUUUGCGGCCGGCAGGGUUUGUUCUUGGUCGUCUCUGGUCUGUCGACAAUGGGGCCCAAGAAGGGGAGGGGUGACCAGCUGUUUGUCCCUGUCAGUAAGGACAAAGAGAAGGCGGCGGAGCUGAAGUUUUGCGGGUUCAAGUGGAUCAUGAAGGGCCAAACGCUGCAGAACUCCAAUGGGAAUGUCCUCAUGGAGUGCAAACUAUGUACUUCGGGGAGGGUGCACGACGGGGAGGAGGAGGAGGACAGAGAGGAUGAGAGGAGGGCAAUCGAGGGUCGAGAGGAUGAUGAUGACAGUUAUAUGCCACUCAUGGACGUGCGAACAGAGGAGGAGCGCGCGAGGGGCAAGAUGAGACGGGAGAAGGCCAUCGACAAUGACAACACCCCAGGCGAGGAUGACGACGACACCGACGACGACGACGAUCAUGACGCAGACAUUGGAGCAUCUCUUGAUGAAGGGCUGAUGGCCGGUGGGCGUCGAGGCCAAGAGGGGCCUGCCAGAGCGAUGAUGGAGGCAACGAGAUCGAACAAGAGAAAAAGGAAGGCGAAGAAGAUUGUCACGGGGUUUCCGCCGGCACACCCGGUGCCGAAAAAGAGCAGAGUCCUUCGACCGAAUUCUAUGGUCGAGGCCUUUGAUCCGGUCUGGCAACGAGAUUUUUACUACUUCCUGCAGUGGUACUUCGUGAGCAACUUUCCACUCGAGGCGGCGAGGCGGCCAAAGUACCAUAGACUGAGGAAGCACUUGCUUGAGUGUCCACUGUACACGCAUCCUGCGUUGCUCACACACAGUACCAUUUCGAUGGAAGGCAUCCCUGAGCAGCAGCAAAUUGUGGCGGACUUGGUGGCGGCUGUCCGCAAGGACAUUGCGACGACAGGAGCGACUAUCCUUACAGAUGGUCGCAAGUCCAUCAUGAGCAACCAGAUAGUUAACUUCCUUGCUGCUGGACCCACAGGAGCGUACCUUUUCAGGACGACACAGUGGGACGGUGCUGUUGAGGAAAACGUCGAGGUCGUGGUCGAGCGAUGGAAGGACGUAUUCGACAAGUUCAGUGUCGACAAUGUCAACGUCAUUUGCACGAACUCCGCGUCGGCGUAUGUGGCUGCUUCUAAGCUUCUCGCAAAGGAGGAGCUCAAGUACAGCCACAUCACUUGGCUUCCUUGUGCGGUCCAUGUCUGCCACUUGUUGUUGUCAGACAUCACGAAGGGUGGUACCAACGGGAAGAUUGGAAAGAGAGAGGAUACCAUCAUCAGGGCUCGAGCGGUAGUGCGGUACGUUCUGUCAUGGGAAGAUGAUGAGGAGGAGGCAGAGGAUGCUAUUCCUCCGCCUCGUGACGAGGGUGUUCGACCAGCAGACCGAGUCACAGAGGCGCAGCUCGGCCGGCAGGUGCAGCGUGGGCAGAGGGAUCGCCUUUCGAAGGCACCACCGAGCGUUGAGACAUAUCUCGGUCGUCGCGCUACCGUGCUCAUGCCGACAGAGGUGAACUCCGUUUACGAUCCCGAGCCAAAUCCAAUGGCUCAGGACCCGAUACAGGCGGAGCCGUGGUUUGAUCCAGAUGACCUUUGGGUGGAGUCGGAGCCCGGAGGUUCUCAUGGGGAUGGCGACGACGCUCCUCUCACCGAGAUGAUGCGUCCUCGGACACGUGGUUUCACUGCAGCCCCUGCGCCGCCUCCCUCUCCACCACGUCCUUCGACCACUCGUAAUGUUCCACUGCGAGGCCCUGAGGACCGAGUUGGGGGCAUGAUUCCUCACCCUCCGACCGAUCGUCGUAGACAUGACGAGCAGGGCAGUCGGGGGAACGUUGAAGAGGGUGACGACGACGAUGUUAGGAGGGGUUACGAGGGCAGUAGUGAGGACGAGGAUGAUCCUGGCUAUUCCCCGACACGUCCACGUGGAGACAACGACGAGGGCGGUGAUGGUACAUAUGUGCAAUGGGAUGAUCAGAAUGUCGCGACAGCACAGGUUAUUGCCGUGUCUGGAGAGGUUGCCGCCGAGUCGACGGAAGUUGCUGUUGCGUCUACAGAGGUUGGUGCCGCGUCUUCACAGACUGCUACUGUGUCUGCAGAGACUGGUGGCGCGAACGCAGAGGUUGGUGGCACGUCUGCAGAGGUUGGGGGGGCGUCUGCGCAAUUUGGUGUCAGUUUCAGUGAUGACAUUUUUGGUGCGUCGUUAGGGCUUCCUCCGACACCGGCAGGCGAGCAUCACGGCGGUAGUGGUGGUGCGGACGUACAGGCUACGCCCAUCUGUCAAAUACUUAGAGAGCGUAUGCUCGAGAUGGAGGAUGGUGCAGGUCAUUGUACCACGGAGGAUGCAGAGGUUGAUUGUAGCGGUGCGGUCGGUGGGGAAGCAGGCGACAGACCUGCAUCAGCAGUUCAGGGUGUUUGUGUAUUUCCAUUCGCUGGAGCUAUGUCGACGGGGGAGUUAGAGUGGCAGGCAAGGAAAGACCCACUUGGGGCAGAUCGACGCAGACGGAUGGAUGAGGCGUCGAGGAGGGUCAUGGCAGAGGGUCCAGCUUAUGUGCCGUGCAGCCCGUCAGUGUCAUCGUCUACGACAGAUGUCAUUCCACCUACACGUGCUGAGGGUCCAGGACUGACACCAAGUCCCAUAUCGGCUCCUGUUGGGGAAUCUCCGUCUCCCAAGUCACGAAAGAAGAAGAUGAGAGCAGGAAAGAGUCUUAGUACUGUGAGGAGGGUAACCCACCAGAUGCGGGCGAGUCGGCCUGGGCUAGCCGAUUUACAUCCGCGGACUUGGGAGGCAUUGGGCGAAGACGUUGCCGCGGACACAUUGGGUUGGCGGCACGAGGCCUCUACCUGGGGGACAAAGCUGCCCAUGACCGCACGUGCUGAGGCGGUGAUGCCACGUGCUGGAGGGAGGACUUCCACGACCAGCAAGGACGAGCACGACACGGAUAGUUCUCCCCCUGGGAGGAGCAUGGUCGGACGUAUAUUGGGGGAGGAUGUGAGGGCAUUGACGACACAGCGAUCGUCACCGACACUCGUUGGUUGGGAGUUACGUACCGACGGUUUGGAGAUGCCUGUUGGCCAGCGGAGGAAGGUUUCCGUAUACGACCUUCUUCGAGCAUGGGGUGGGGUUGAGGCGGCAGCACAGGGAGUGAUUCAUGCUCCGGACACGGCGCAUGGGCCGGCAGGUGGCACAGGUGGCGGGGAUGGUAGCACAGGUGUGACACCGCAGAGGAGGAGGAAGGACAUGAUGGACGACGAUGAUGUUUAGUCCCACCGUUGCUCCUCUUUUGUCCUCUAUUUCGUAGUUGUUUUUAGUACCUUUAGUUGUUUAGAUGAGGAUCAUGAGGUCAUAUUUUCAUAGGUGCAGUAUGUGUAGUUUGUCAUGACUGCAUGUGUAUUCGUAUACAAGUUUUUUUUUUUUUUUUUUUUUUUUCCUUUUAUUUGUCUAUUGAUGUUUCAGACGAUUGCACACUUUCUUCAUACAUUGUUUGACUGAGUUCAGUCUUCAUGCUUCUUUUACUGUCGUGUGUUUAUGGUGCAGUUGAUUCGUUGUUUGUGUCGUUGGCCUCUGACGUUCUUGUUUUGAGAUUUCUGCAAUCAAUAUUGUUCGCAAAU